AUGGCCAAUUACUCUCAAUCAAGGCCCUCCAUCCUACUCGAACUGGACCUUCCCGAUCAUCUCUCCAAGGCGUAUCUUAUUGACCCUUUCGUAUCCCUCACUCGCGGAUAUCCACCUGGUUUUUGUUUUUCCGUUACUCGUCCUCCGACUGAGCCAUAUAUCGUUUCAAAACCUUCCAUACCUCGAGUGAGGCCGUCACGGGAUUCGCCUCAUGCUGGCGCACCAUCUACCAUGGCUUCGAAAAAGCAUUGCAAGCCUUAUGCCAGGCAAUCUGAGCCUUCUGAGGCUUUUCCUGUGAUUGGUUUUGUUGGGAAAGCACGGCGUCAAGCUGCUACAACUAUUCAACAACCCGAAAUGGUCCAUCAUGCAACAGUCGAACCUGAAAUAUCAGCUGCUGUUGAUGCAAUACGGAUGCGCUGGAUCGAGACAGCUUCGUCCCGCGAUCACUCCGAAUGGUGGGCCGAUGGACAAGGGCGGGUAGCAUCAGCGACAAUGGAAUGCGCUCAAUUGAGAUUUGUCGAAAAAGAUGAUCAGCCUUUACAUUCUUCCUCACCUAGAUGGGCAGAAAUCACGCGGAGUCCGUCGUCGCACCCCGUGCCAAAAACUCAUACAUACAUCAACAAAUCGUCCUCUAGCGUGCUAUCUGUUUCACUACCCGAUGAUUACCAACUUUAUCUACCCCCAAAAUCUGGCUUUAGUUUGGCUCUCCUUGAAGACUUUCAUCGACUCGUCCCAAAGCUAAACCACGUAGAUGGAUGGGACGCGGUGGUGAUCGAUCCUCCAUGGGAAAACAAAUCAGCCUCGCGUAGCUCAAAGUAUAAGUCGGUUGAACUGUAUGAUCUAUUCAAGCUACGUCUACCCCAGUUAUUAGGUGAAAAUGGUGGCAAAAGCGCACUUGUUGCAAUAUGGGUUACCAAUCGACCAAAGGUAUGGUUUCGACGGUUCUUGAUGACCAAAUUCAUGCCCGAUUCUCAAAUCGUUGGAGCAUAUGCUGAAUGGUAUUGGGUCAAGCUUACUGGAUCUCCUGUCAGAAACGGCGAAACUAUCCUCUCCGAAGGAGGCAAGCCAAUCUUUGACUUAUCAAGUGAUUCACCCAGGCGCUGUUACGAAGAGGCAUUUCAUCAAGCAGGCGUGAUUCUCGGUUGGUACACCCCAAAAACAAUGGCCUCGGCAACCCCAACGUACAGCCUGCCACCCAAAAGAAUGUUUAUGUCUACACCAAUGGACCACUCAAGAAAGCCUAAUUUGGCAGAAUUACUUCAACCAUAUCUUCCGAAGAACCCAAACUUUUUGGAGCUAUUUGCUCGAACCACUUCAUGCUUGAUACCUAUAGACAAAACUGAUCAGGGUAAUUAUCACUCUGAUUCACGCCAAGGGUUCUGGCAUAGUGUAGGAGAUGAGUCUCCAAAAUUCAAUGGAUCACCAUGGGUGGAUAAAAUCCUUACAACAUCAUGUACAGACUCAUGA